AUGAAGCCUUCCAGACAUACAAAUAGGAGUUUCGUACAGGAGGGCAUCUACGACAAGUUCGCAGCCGCCCUGGUCGACAGAAUCAAAACAUUGAAGAUUGGUAACGGCAUCGAUAGUGGCGUAGCUAUCGGCCCUCUUACGCAUGAUCGGGCGGUUGAAAAGGCUAUCGGCCAUAUCAAUGACGCAAAGGCGAAUGGAGCCUCUAUCCUCCUCGGAGGAUCCGCAUGCCAGCCUGACAAUCUACGAGGAUACUUUAUCCAACCCACCGUUCUGAGCGGCAUGUCGACAAAGUCCCUCACAACCCGCGAGGAAGUCUUCGCUCCCAUCGUUGCUCUAUACCCAUUCAAAACUGAAGAGGAAGUGGUUACACAAGCUAACGACUGCGACGUCGGUCUGGGAAGCUUCAUCGUGACGGAAUCGAUGCCUCGCAUUUGGAGGGUUGCCGAAGGCCUCGAGGUUGGCAUGGUUGGUGUAAACUUGGGAAUUCUGAGUGCCUGCGAGAGGGUCAAGGAGUCUGGGUAUGGGCGAGAAGGCGGGAGACAUGGAAUUGACGAGUACCUUACGACUAAGAGUAUUUUGAUGAAUGUUAUGGGUUAA